GGUAUAUGUUACGGCGCAUCGAUAGUCGCGCAUAGGUGGCAGCACUAACGGCGUCGGUGCUACGGCGCGUAUGCGGUUUGAUUUUGUUAUCAGUAGUGGUGCCGUAGUUGGUGAGAGGAGGUGAUCCUGUCGUAGCAGUUGUUCAACGAUCCGAUGUAAAGCUUUUAUUAUGCAUCAUCAGAACGGGGUUAGGGACCCCCUUUUUGCGAUUCUAAUGGCAUUGCCAAAAUAAGAUCUACCAGGACAUAACGAAUAACGAUGGGAAUUCAUGUGAAUUCAUACGAUUCGGCUAUAAGAACCGGAGCUCCAGUAUAGACGUCAACGAAGCCAUUUUUGAAAACGGCGCAAAGGGAAAAGUAUUUCACGUAAGGAAGUCGACAGCACAUCAAAGGAGAAAAAAAUAUAUAUAUAUACAAAUAUAUAUAUAUAUAUAUACACACACACAUCAAAGACGCAUCGUGCGACGAUCUUUUAUUCGAGCAAAAUAUAAAAAAAAAAAUAUAAUAAUAAUGUAGGGAAAGAAUCGCCUAACUGCACAAUAAAGUUUAAUGUAAAACGUUACAUGUGACCAGAAGCGAAGACAAUCCUAGAACAAAGUUACCUAAUUAGUGAAUACUUAAGUCGGCAGUAUAAAUGCGCGAAGAAAAGAUUAUCGUGCAUUAAAUAUAUGUAUAUAAAUACCUAUAUGUAUACACGUACACUAUUGCAUAGAUCUUUAUCGAAAGUUAAUUGUUAAACAAUAAAGAGAGCACACACACACGCACAUUACUGUCCAAAAGAGAAAGAAAAAGAUAAUUUAUAUUAUAUUUGAACGUUGUUGAUCAAUAGUAACGCAAGGAUAUAUUAAUAUUAUUAAUAAGUAUAAAAGUCUACGUCCGUACCUAUUCGAGUAGAUUGCUACGAAUCUUGAAAGCUAUCGUGAUAAAGGACAAGAAAGAAAAGAGGAAGAGAAGGAACACCGUGUGAACACCUUAGGGAAAAAGGAAAGGGGGUAGGUGAAGAAGAACAUAUGUAUACUUGCUGAAAAGGAAGUCUCGAGUGUCGAUCUAGGGAAAAGAGAGUUUCUAUCCGGUACGUCCACCCUUUUAAAGUGCGUCAAUUUAUCCACGGGAAAAGAAGAGGAGAGAAAGAAAGAAAGAAAUAAAAACAAGAUAAAAGAAGGGGCAAAAAGCUUCGGAUAGCAAAGAACUGGUAAAUGCGUUGAAGCCCAGGGAGAAUAAAUGACGUUUUUUAAGUGAACGUGAAAGUUCUCUUACUUAUUGGAAAAUUCGUGUUUCAUCGAGAAUACGUAUUUAAAUAUUGAAAAUGAAGUCUACGCUGUCUUAAUAAGUAAUUGAAGUGUUAGAUACAUUAAACGUAGUCGUGAAAUUUAUUUACGGAAAAUAAAAAAAGAAAAAAAGAAGAAAUCAGUAUCUAAUUAAUAAUUUAGUAGUUUCGAAAUGAAUCUCGAAGUCGAACUUAUAGCUGGGGUGGUCAAGGGUGGUUUACCACCGGCUCAUCUACCUUCUCCAAGGCUUAUCAAGAUAUUUAUUGCUGGCGAAAGGGAUGAAUUUUCUGUGGAAAGGAAACAACUGUUGGAGGUAGUGGGUCCAGAAUUACAAUCGAUUUAUGAUGAUAUGGGAAUUGAGGUAUUGUUGGUUGACAUGCAAUAUGGAACCAGCAAAAACCCAGAUACCAAUCCAAGGCUGGCAGAAUUCUUUUUAGAAGAAAUAAACGCUUCUCAUCGACAUUCCCGAGGUUGUUUUUUGCUGCUACUGGCCGGAGCCGAUUACAAUACAGGUUGGGUACCUACCAAGUUCGAGGAAGAAACUUUCCAUGCUCUUCUCGGUUGCUGUUCCGUGCUAAACGAGUACUAUGUGCAAGAUGGCCGUUAUUAUACAUUGAAAGCUUCUAGUGUGGAAACGGCACAAGACGAUUGGCAAUCGGCUCAGGAAUCGAAUUUGAGGAAAAUUUUAAGAAUCGCAGCCGAAUCGAUAAUCCUUGACCAACCAGACAAUAAGGAAGUCCAAAACGUGUUGAAGAGUACGACGGAACGACAAUUGGAAUACGGCCUAAAUCUUGAUGAAGAUGGGAAUGGAAUUAUGGCUAUUAUUAGAGAUUGGACUGGUAAAGAUGUUCCGAAGGUCAGUCCCGGUGCUACGAGCUUCCGGUCACACAUCGAGUCUUGUUUACCAGCUGAGAACGUGAUUCACCUUGAGGUUGACUAUAAAGCAGACGGCAUAGACACAGACAACGACUCCCAUGAUAAUUAUCUGAAUAAAUUUAGACGAUUCGUUCUUGAGAGACUACAAAAUUUAGUUAAUGCUUCGAUAGAGAUCGAUCCAGAGAUUAAAAGUCGGAAGAAAAUGGUUCAGGAAGUUUACGCCGAAAGUAUGGCGCACUUGUCAUUGCUGCGCGAAAUAAAACCCGCCGAAGAAGAUGAUGGAUCUAUCACUCGUAUAAAACAACUUUUGAUGUCCGGAAUGGAUCAAAAACAUGGUCCUAUUUUAAUAUGGGGUCCCAAAGCUUCUGGCAAAUCUUCUAUACUUGCUAAAAUAUAUGAAAGUGUACCAGAAUGGUUCGGUAAACCGACUUUGAGAGUUGUACGGCUCUGUACGUCAACGCCAAAGUCGGCUUAUAGCUUAGAGCUUCUACGGAUUUUGUGUGAACACAUUGGCUUCUUAUCGGGUAACAACGACGGUAAUCUUCCACGAGAUGCUUCCUUUGAUCCUUUGUACUUGAAUAAUUGGUUCAGUCAAAUAAUGCGUGGUAUCGAAGCACAACCUCUGUCAGAACAAUUAAUCGUUAUGGUGGACGAUCUACAUCGCCUUCACCCUUUGGAAUGCGAUAUCGUUGCUGCUUUAUCAUGGUUGCCAUUAAACUUGCCCCAAGGAAUACAUUUUAUAGCGACGACUACAGUACCACCCGAAGCAUUACGGCUGACUCCACUUCAAAAAGAAAGACUCAGAAGCAAUGAUAUACUUAUUGAGCUAUCUGACAAGCGAUGCAAUCUCCCAGAUAUAGAAUCAGCUUUAGACAAUCUGGAAAAGCUCGUCGGUCCAAGAGCAGCAAAUAAAAUUGGUUCGCUUUUAGCAUGCGCAGAUUACGGUCUCUCCGAAACUGAGAUUCUCGAGUUAAUUAUGCCCACGGGAGGAGAAGAUCCAUUAUCCUUAACAUUGGGGCAAUAUAAUUUCGCUACAUGGUGUUUAGUCCGAAGAACUUUGGCUCCCUUAUUAAGGGUACGAGUAAUGAGCGGCAGAUUAAUGUUUGGCUGGCGUUGGUUGAGUCGUGAAGUCGCUAGGAAGAGAUAUCUUUCGAAUCAGGACGUAUCGAGAAUGUAUCACGCGGAACUGGCAAAUCUAUUUUUUGCGGAAGAAACCGAAGAUAGCGAGGAAAAGUCACCGCAGGGUCCUAUAGAACCACCCGCAAAGGAAACACCUUUUCAAAGCGCUCCGCAAUCGCAGGAUAUUACAUAUACCCUACGGCACGUCGAAGAAGCGUGGCUUCACUUGCUACGAGCUGGCGAUGUUGAUAAACUCAAAAGAUUGGCUGUCUGUGCUUUUGAUUUUCUUUUAGCUGGUGUACAAAUGAUUUCUGUGAGUUAUUUGCGAUGUGUACUCGAACAUGCAAGGAGAUAUCUGUUGGAAAGAGAUUUGGAGUUGGUAUAUUAUGCCGUUAGGAAAUCAAGCGACGUACUUACUAGAGACCCGCUUCAGCUUGGAGCACAACUUAUUUGUUGGCUAAGACCAGUCGCAGACGAUGGUGGAGAUCUUGUAAGCAGAAUGGUCAUGGCAGCAAUGGCAUGGUGCGAUGGCUAUACCGCACCUCUUUUAGUUCCUUUGAAUGGUUGGCUUCAACCUCCUCUACCUCUUCAAAUUCGUGCUUUGUCUUGUCCACAAGGAGUCCGUCUAGUCGAAGCUGCGCCAUCGGGUCAACACGUUGUGGUUGUUCCACCUCAAGGAGAUGCUCAGUUGUGGCACGUUAUGUCUGGUCAACUAGUACAUACUUUUAAAGGUCAUUCUAGUCCGAUAUCGUGUUUAGCCAUUACGCAACAAUCUCAAUAUUUACUCACUGGUUCCGAAGAUACCUCCAUUAUCGUUUGGGAUAUGAAAGAAUUAUCGUUGAAACGACGAAUUUGUGAACACAUAGCACCUGUUCUUACGUUGACAGCAGCUAUAAAUAAUUCCAUUAUUGUGAGCGGUGGGGAAGAUUCUAGUAUCAUUGCAACUAGUUUACUCACUGGUGAGGUAUUAGUAAAAAUUGAUCAUCACAGAGGACCCGUUACUGCUAUACGCGUAGAUUCAGCAGGAGAAGUUCUUGUGUCUGGAUCGACCGAUGGAACAGUCUGCUUAUGGUCUUUAGAAACAUUUACUCUUCUCAACAGCAUAACGUUACCUUCCCCUGUAGCCAAUCUCGAUGUAUCGGCAGAUUCUGUCUUUUUGCUGACUGCUUGCGAAGAUCAAAAACUCUAUUUAAGAUCUUUAGCUACUGGAACGGAGAUACAUACAUUAAGAGGACAUCAAGGUCCUGUUAGAAGUUUAUGUCUUGCUAGAGAUUGUAGAAGAGCCAUUGCUGGUGGUAUAGAGGGCAGAGUUUCCGUUUUCGAUAUACACAGUGGUAGACUCAUUAAAACGCUACCUGCUAACCCUUCUGCGGAUGUUACGUCUGUGAAGGUUACUGAAAAGGAUGAUUUCCUUAUCACUGCUGGGGGAGGACGUGUGACAUACUGGAGUUUCCGUGGAGAGGAAACUCCGUCGAAACCACAAAAACUUGGAAAACAAGAAUCACUUCAACCGCACACCUCACCUAUAUCUUGUUUAGAUAUAUCUAGAGAUGGUGCAAUGGCAGUUACGGGUGGUGUCGAUUCUUUAGUAAAUUUAUGGCAAUUAAAUACGCAUGAAUUAAUGUCAACGUUAGAGGGUCAUAUAGCAAGUGUUACGUGUAUCACUUUUUCUGCGUCUGGAUUAUUUGUAGCGUCAGGUUCGGAAGAUAAAACGGUACGUGUUUGGGGUUUAACUUUGGGCCUUGUUGUAGCGACGUUUAGACAUCAAGCAACCAUUACUUCUGUCAUAGCUAUGUUAGAUGGUAGAAGAGUUGUAAGUUCCGACAGAGCUGGAACUAUUAGAGUAUGGGCCGCAGAUAGUGGAACCUUGAUUCAAUCUGUUUGUGGUCCAGGACGAUGUUUUGCUGUAGCUGCAGACAUGAGAUUUACGGUUUGUGGUACCGGGGACAAUCAAGUUCGAAUAAUAAGUCUGGGCGUUGGCCCAGAAGAGAAACGUCAAGUUUCUCAUUCACAGGAUAUUACGUGUUUGGUAGUAACGCCUGACUCACAGUCUCUUAUUACCGGUUCUAGAGAUAUGAGUCUUAAGGUGUGGCAGCUUGCUGGAGGCAAAUUAUCACAGGUAUUGGUCGGUCACACCGAUCACGUCACUUGCGUUGCAGUAGCAGUUCUUGACAAGUCUAUCGUCGUGUCCGGUUCACGUGAUGCCAAUUUGAUUGUAUGGGAUAUAAACACUGGAGCAGACUUGCAUACUCUCACUGGUCAUCUUGGCUAUGUAACUUGUAUCAGAUUAUCUGGUGAUGGUACCUUAGCAGUUUCUGGUAGCGAGGAUAAGAGUUUGAUAGUUUGGGAUACGAAAAAAGGCACUGCUUUAAAUUCUAUUAUGCUUCAUGUACCAAUUCUUGGUGUUGAGAUGUCUACCGAUUGUUCGAGAUUAGCAUUACACUUAUUAGAACAUAAAUGCAUGCCCAUUCUUUGUCUGCAUAAUACACCAGCGCAAUAUGUUAAACUUCCACCGUACGUUGCUCCGAGAGAUUUACGACCACCUGGUCCUAAACGUCCUGAUAGAAGAUUAUUGAAAAAAGAGGUUUCUUUGGAUACAUAUACGUGGCAACGGAAGUACGGUCAUCUUACAACAGGUAUAACGGUAUCAACUGUCGAAGAGCGAUUGAAACGUCGAUUCAGUGUUAGUGCUUCUAUGGAGGAAAUUAGUAAAGCUGGUUUAGCUGGUUCUCAACCAGGCUUAGGUCCGGAACAAGCAGCACUGGCUCAGUCUCAACAUUUUGAUCAGUUGGAAGCUAUUUGGAACAAGCAAUCUCCACCUCCCAGACCACGUGGUUUAAGAACUUUGUCGAAACAGAGUUCUCUUCAAACCACUCGAAUAUCCGACUCCGAAGAAGAAGAUCUUCCAGAUUAAAAUGAAUUCCUUUGAAGGAGACGGACAAUUAACUAGGAUAAAGAGCCUUUAGCUGAAACCUAUACACCUACCAUAUUCUUUCAUCCUUCGACUGUCAAGUAUAUUCUAUGUUAAGAAUACUCUAUGUCCGUACCUUUAAUAAAUUAAAUAAAGGUACCAAAGUCGAUAGAUAUUAGAAAAAGGGGGGAAAACAUAAGAUUUAUUGAUUUUCUUUCUAAAUAAGUAAUGAUAUAUAAAGACGUACCUAUUAUCUUCUAUCAACAAGAAUAAUUAUUUUCUUAAAAAUUAUUUACAACAUAUAUAUAUAUAUAUACAUUCGUUAUUUUCAUAUUUUUCUAUAAAACAACGGCUAAUAAUUUAUAUACAUUUUUAUGUUCACUGAUGAAAAUUUAUAAGAUCUCUAUUGUCGUUCUUUUAAUAUAUGGUUAUAUAUAAGUAAAGAAUAUAUUUAUGGAUUCGUAAAUAUCGAUAGAAACGCACAUUAUGUGUUAUAAAUGUAUUUUUUAUUUCUUUCUCAUAUAAUUUUAUAACAGUGAAAUUUACAUUGUGAUAAACAUAUGAUAGUUUUUAUUCGUUCUCUGUAAAAUUCUGAAAAGAAAUCUUUUGUAGCUCAUCUCUAUAAAAAUAUAGAUUAAGUGAUUUAAAUAUAGAAACGAUAGUAUUCUUCGUAAAUCUAUAAUUCAAUUUCAAUUAAAUCUUACGUUAGAAAAUAAAUAGUUAUAGUGCAUCUUUAAUAGAAAUAUUAAGUAAUAUUACAUUUUGUUAUUGAAGAAUGUUGAAAAUCUGAUACUCUAUAAAUACGUUAAAGAUAUUACCUAUUCUAAAUCUAAUCGUAAACAAUCGAUAAGGCAUCAAUUGUUAUUUAUUCCCUGGUAAUAUUCUGAUAAAAUUUUCCAUGCUUUGGGUGCCAUAAAAUCUUCUGGUGGGUUCUCGCCAGAUUUGGCUAGAUCUGAUAUAAACAUUGAAAUAUAUUUAAUUUUAAAAAUAGUUUCAUAUAAUCUGAUCUUAUCAAUAUUUUUCUCGUGUAUUGAUUUAUCUAACAAGUGUUAUAAGAUAUUCAAACUUACUUCGCAUUUUCGUUCCUGAAAUAAAAAUAAAAUCGCUUUGUCUUUCGGGAUCAUAGAACGCCAUACUCCGUUGUUUCACGUCGUAAGCAGCUACUCGAAAAGGUAUAAUCUCAAGGUUUUGAAGACCAGGAGCCAUCGAAAGUACUCUAGCACCAUGAGUACUAUCAUAUAGAUUACCAUCAGGUGUAGCGUCUUUAUUUGGAUGUGGUAUACCGGCAGGAUCUCUGCCAACGAUAUAAAAGUUAGCACCAGCGAUUAGUCUACCUUUGGCAUGCCAUUGUACCUGGAAGUAAAAAUCAUUUGAAUGAUAAAGUAUAAUUUUAAAAAGUUACAUUUAUCAACAAUGGAUGAUAAUAAAUUAAUUAUGGGACGAUAUAAUAUACGAUAAAUAUCUUCUUACUUCUGUUGGUCCAGCAUACAACAUGGGACUAGGGAAUAUAGCUAAAAUCGUAUCCUCGUGUAAGAUACCAUCUUCGAGGACAGCUUGAUGUUGUUUUAUUCUGACUGCUAAAGGUACAUCGUCAUCUUUCGUCCAACCACCCAGAGGAUGCAAAAGAAGAACAGGUUUACGAUAACCACGUUCGAGCAAACGUUUUCUAGUAUCCUUAAAAGAUCAUUAUUCUGUUUUAUACAUUUGAAAUUAUACGAUCGAACGUAUAUCGUAUUUUGUAAAAUUUGUACCUGCAUAAGAAGGGCGUGUCCAUUGUGUAUAGGAUUUCGAAGUUGAAAAGCAAAUACCGCGUCCGCUCCCAUCUCACGACACUUUGCUCUGAUCUCGUUAGGAGUCAAUCUGUACUCAUCGAGACCAUCGUUCCAUCGUAUUCUUUCAAUUACCUCGAGUUCACCACCGAUCAACCAAUCUCCGGUUUCGUAUAUCAUUUUUAUAUAAGGAUGACGGAUAUCAUUUGUGCCAAAUACUCGCGAACAACUUUCUUCCUUCCGAUGAAAAUAAAAUUCUGGAUUUCUAAGAAUCGCCAUAUUUCUUCCAUUGUAUCUCAAUGUCAAAGAUGUAACGUUCUGACAACGUUCCUUGUCGUCAUCGUUAACAGCAAGAACUAUUGGGAUCGACUGAUUGAUCUGUACGCCAUUUUCCGUGAGACAGUUGAAAUGUUGAGACUGAAACAUUAAUGACAUUUUUCAUUCUUUGCACAGAUAGAAGUGGCAAUAAAAGAAAACAAAUUAAAGGAUAGAAAAGUUUACUUGUAAAUAUUGUUUCUCUUUCAUGAAUCCUUUAAGUGGAGCUGCCCAACCUUCAGCGAGAACUUGAAUCCAUUGAAGAUCUACUUCGUUGAUUUCGAUCGCUUGUAAAUUUUGUGCUUCUUUUUCAACAUCUUCGAUCAUAGAUUCAGGAACAAAUAAUUCAUGGACAGAUCUUCCCAAUCCGUACAUCUUUGGUAUGAUGCUACGAUUUUCGAGAAAUUCGAUGACUCUCGCCGUAGAUUCUUCUAAUGUUGCAUUUUCCGUGUUAACAAUGAGAUCAGGCUUAAUAGGUAUUUCGUACUUUUGAUCGAUGCCAGUAAAGCCCUUAAUGAUACCAGAUCUAGCUUUUUUGUAAAGACCCUUUACGUCUCGUGCCUCACAGAUCUUCAACGACGCGUUAACGAAUAUCUCGAAGAAGGGCAAUUCCGAAUCUUCGUGAAUUUUUCGAGCCAUUCUCCUGUCCUCCUCGAAAGGUGAAACGAAGCUACAUAGAGUAAUGACACCUCCAUCGGCAAACAACUUGGCCACUUCGGCCACACGUCGGACAUUUUCUUCGCGAUCUUCUUUACUAAAACCCAAGUUCCGAUUCAAACCAGUCCGUACGUUAUCUCCAUCCAAACCGUAAGCCGGUAUACCCUGUAAGAUAUUUUUAUAUUUUAAUCUAUAAUCAUCGAUAAAACCUAUUUGGUUGACGAUCUAUCAUAUUAUAUCGACGUUCUACCUGAGAUACAAGAAAUUCUUCUAACUUGAACGAUAUCGAGGUCUUUCCAGCUCCAGAAAGUCCAGUCAUCCAUAUAGUACAUCCACGAAAACCGCGAACAGUACCAACGGCUUGGCCACGUUUCGCUCUAGACACAUGAUGAGCUUGUGAACUUACAUUAGUCGCGAUUGUCUGUAAACACCAGGACAACAUGAUUUGUAAUUACGAUUCUACUUUCUCUUAAAUUUGCAAAGUAAAAUUAUUAUGAAGGACGCACAUCAUUUAUCUCUACAUUUUGGGACAUUACUAAUUUGCAUAAUAUAUAUAUAUAUAUAUAUAUAUAUAUAUAUAUAUAUGCCCAUACAAAAUUAGUUGCGGUUAAUCUAUUACCUGUUUUGCAGAAUUUUGAUUUUCUGUUUUUUGUCGAGUUAGGAUUCCCAUGAUCGCUGAAUCGAAAUUUUAUCGGAAUAAUAGUAAAUUCCUCUGAUAGAAAGGAAAUACCAAAAUAUAAAAUCUGGAUAUAAUCAUAAGAAUAAUCGAUCUAACGUAUUUUAUUCCUAUUGGCGUUAAAGUUAAAUUGAAUUUUGAUUAUUUUUUAUUAGAUAAGCUUCCGUUAUCGAUAAAACUUUUAUUGUGUAAUAUUGUAUUUUAUUGUAUAAUAUUAAUUAAAUUUAAUUGAUUAUUAUACGACGUAAAAAUUAUACAACAAUUUAAAAUAAAGAUAAACAAUUGGAAAAGA